AUGAAGGCCACAACCGCCCUCGCCUUCCUGGCAGUUUGCAGCAGCGCAGUGUAUGCCCAAGAAACUGAUGUCGGCACAAACAUUGCUCCUGAAUGUAAAAGAACAUGUCGCGGAUCAAGUAAAUGCGUCUCGUCGCUGACGAAGAAGGCAGAAUACUGUGUUCAAACUUGCCCCGUGGGCUCUCCAUGCCAAGGCACAUGCCUGAAAGGAACGAAAUGGGCAUAUGGAUAUUGCCCCGUCAAGGUGUUCGUAAACAGUCACCGAAGAGGGGCUGCGUAG